UCCCUUCAACUUGACAUCGGAAUGACUCCUAGCAUGGAGCCAGUAUCUUCCCAACCAGCGCCCAACUUGAAAAAGGAUUUGAGCGUAAAAUAAAAUGGUGUUUAAAAGUUCCGUCUGCGGAACAUACGCAGAGAGAGGAUAUAUGAUUUAGAGACAUACAGGAAGACGUCGAAACGGAGGAGAGAGAAGGAGAGAGGGAUUCUUUCUAAAGUCAACACAGCAACAAGGUGGGUUCAGGCAGUGAAACGAAAGGCGUCAAACGGAGAAGGAGGGGCGAGUUUGUAGCAAGUUAAUUUAGUCCAGCACCAUGAAACUAAAUCCCCAACAAGCUCCACUCUAUGGAGAGUGUGUGUUGAGUGUUGAGCUCAACGAUGAUGAUGCGUGUUGGGCUGAGAGAGAAGAGGAGGAAGUGGAGUUUUAUCUUCUAUUCUCGGGAUCCACUCAAAACCAUCUGACCAGCACACUGCGAGUCAGCCACGUCACACUGCAGGCUGUGUGUCCAGCCCAUAAUGUGUGUGAGCAGGUCUUGGUGAAAUUAUGUUUUGCUCGGCCUGGUGGACCAGUGGACACACACUCACAGGAGACCUUCUGCUUUGUACAGGACUUGGCUCUCGACAUGGCCCACUUCCUGCUUGAAAGUACAGCUCCACAGGAAGCUUUACUAUUGGAUGAUGAGCAAAUUCCUUUGAAAGAGUGUGAGAAGUUGGAUCAGAGCCUUGCCUUGGCCCUGAAGCACCUCACCCUGCCCCAGAGGACUGCACCCUCACACGCACACACACAGACAGAUGUGGACAGACAGAUGGUUAACCUAACACUGGCUGUUGGAGCACCAGACACACAUACACACAGGAACACAAACACACUCAAUGCAGAGACACACAAGGAAACAAGGAAUGAGGUCCCCACACUGCUGGACAGCUGCAGUGCUGUGUCUCAAAGCCAGCAGCUCUCCAGCCUGCUGUACUUGGCAGCCAGUCAUGGUCUGAGGACAGUGGCAUCGUUCCUCCUGCAGCAGCCAGGAGGCAGGGAAGCGCUAAGGAGGCCCAGUGCUCAGGGACUUACUCCAGCAUGUCUGGCAGAGAGCAGAGGACAUCAGAAACUGGUGGACCUCUUCACACAAUGUGAGACAUCUCCAAAUCUCCAAGUGGAACCAAAGCAGCAGCUGCACUUUUACCCAGAAGGCCGAGUGUUUCAGCACCAUGCAAGUCUUGGUACCUACACCCUAACUUUCCCUAGCCUCAAUGAGAGGGAGGUGGGGGCGGAGACACAGAGCAGUGAAGGCUGCUGCUUACAGGAGGAGCUGACAGAGCUGAGGAGACUUAUUCAUCUACACAGAAACACAAAGGGAAACUCAGAUUUACUUAGUACCAUUGCACCGACACAUGCCUCCACAUCCCUGUUCAUCGAUCAUGAGCUGGCAAACCCUGCCUGUGGACUGCAGCCCUGCUCUAACAGCCAACCAGAGAGGAAGCAUGAUGCAGUCCUAGCUAUGGUAACCACCGAGAACUGUACCACAACAGCAAAGGAACAGGGAAGUCCGCCGUUAUUGGAGGAGAGAACACAAGGGGAGGACUCUACUGUUGUCACUCAUACAUCUUGUAACAGUCUUUGUCAGAGCCAGGAAGCUGGGGCAAAAGAGAAGGGCAAACCAGCAGCUAACUCUCCUGCUGGCCGUAACAGGAAAAACAAAAAGAGAAAUAACAGAAGCACCCCAGAGGCCAGUAGAGGGACUGCACAGAGAGCCACAAAGACAACAGGAAGUAGAACAGAGACAGAUGUAACAAUUUCACCCACAGAACCAGCAGUGGCAUCUGUGAUUGGUGAUGGAAGAGCUACAAAAACUCACUGUUCUCCCGAGACGGAAAAGACCCCAUCAUCCAUAAAGCCAGUGUUUGCACCAGCUCGUGAUGGGAAGUGUGCUAGCAGGAAGGCAGUUGCCUUGCCUACCACCACCGUCGUAGAAAAACAGGAAGGAGAGAAGUGGGAAGUUGACCUGCUCAUAUGUGAGCGAGUUGUAGAGACAGAAACUGUGACAGAGACAGAGCAGGGAGACACUGAAAGUCUCCCUGCAAAAGAAGCUAACUUUAACUUAGGUUUGGAAUCAGCUGCAGAGAGGACAGUAACCAUGGGUCAGGAGCAAUCACAGGAUCCCCAGGAAAGCCAAUCAGACCCAGAGGAGCCAAGCCAACCUGGCACCAUCAGCAAAAGUCCUCACCCUGGCAGGAGGACCAGCCCACAGUCCCCAGACACAGAAAGAAAAUCCAAGAAAGGGCUGUGGCGGGAUGGUGGUCGCAUUGGAAGCAGAAUGGGAUCACCCCCACAUGGACAAGAAACAUUAGCAAAAACUGUCUGGUAUCAGGAUAAAAACAUAGACCAGAGUGUCAGUGAAGAUUGGAACAGAAAGGAACUGAACUCUCAGUCAGUUUGGUAUGAUGGUGACACAAUGGAUCAGAGAAGACAUCUGCAGCAGGGAAUGAGAGAGCAGAAAGAAUGUGAUCUGAGCUCAUUCCAAGCUUCUGGUCUUAGUUCUCCACAGCUGUUAGAACAGAGUCUUAGUUCUCAUCAACUGUCUGCGGCUCUCAGUCAGCCACAUGCUGCUGGAACACAGCCAGCACUGUCACAUGGGCCUGGUGCACAAAGACGGGAAGUACAAGGAUCACAGCGAGAAAAGGAAGUAGGGCCAGAUUGGAAGGAGGGAGGGCUGGAGGGAGACAGAGAGGAGGUCAAUAACAGAGAGACAACUUACAGCAAAAAGAGUUCAGAAACAGUGGGCAUUGAAGAGGGAGGAAAAGAGAAGGAAGGGAGUGAAGAAAAAGGAGCAAAUGGCAGAAAAAAGAGGAGGAAGAAGAGGGGUAAGAGAGGCGGGACAGAGGCUAAGCUUAGCUCUGGCUCAAGUGUAGAGUCCCAGAGUCAUACAGAGAUACAGACACAAAGAGAAGAAGAAACAAACCUGAAUGCUCUGUCAGAGACAGAAUCAGAAGCCAAGGAUAAAACAGGAAGGGCAGAUGUCCAGUCUCCCGGUGCUUCUGAGCUAAUCCAGAGAGAGGAAGCUGACAAGGAUGCCAUGCAUUUACCCAGCCAGACAGAGAGUCAGAGCAGGGACACUCAUGGAUUUGACUGUGUCGUUACAAACUCGGAUCCUAGUUAUACUACUCCGGACUUCAGUCCAACAGACGAUGGAAGAACAGAUCUGACUGAAGUUACAGCUUCACAGACAUUAGAAAUAAAGGAGGACGCAAGCAUGAAAUUUCAUGGACCUGAUGACUUUAACCUACAUUCUACGGUCAUUGCUUCAGAACUUGGUGAAAUUGACAUCAGGAAGGCAGAUACAGAGGGAAUUACAACUGUGCAACUAAUAAUAAAGGAAGUACACCCUACAGAACUGGAAUUUAAGGGGAUUACCUGUCCAGUCCAACAAACAAUGCAUAAUGUAGAGUCAAAGGCAUUGUCAGAAAAUGAGGAUUUGGCAGUUGCUGGUGAAGUUGUAGCUUCCGGUGACCGGACAGGUUUAGUUGAAUUGAACUGUCCAAAGGAACUUCCUGUCAAACAUUCAGGUUCUACAGAAUUCACACAGGACUUGUUUCUCAUUGAAUUUCCUGAACAAAAUAUACAACAUGAACAAUAUGUGGACUUGGACAAACCAGUACAGCCUGUGGAUCCAAUGGGAAGACCUGAAGGAUUUAUGGAAUCUGUGCAUUCUACAGAAGCUGAGGGUCUUCCAUUUGAAGGUACUGCGGAUGUAUCACCACUUCAGAAAGGGGAAGGAAGGGCUGAGACAACUCAGAGGGAAUAUUUAGAGCAUUGUUCGGCCUCUGAGAUGCUGAGAGAUCAGCAGCACAAGGAGGAAAAGAAAAAUGAGUUGUGGGUUGGUGAAGAGGAAGCGGGUAAGGAAGGAAAUUGGAUGAGUGAAGAAAAUGACAGUAGGGUGACACAUGGCAAGAUGUUAUCUUCCAUAGACAGUGAAAAAGAACAGAACUACAAUGAAGACUUGGUUGCCACAGCGGUAGCAGUUGUAGCGGUAGCAAUAGCUUCAGCCAUCAGCAUAGAAUUGAGACAUCAGUUAGCAGACAAUCAGUCUGAAAGACGAGAGUCUGCUAGCAGAGAAACUGCAUUUUAUCAACCAUUAGCACAGGAUGGCAAAGUACCAACUGAUACAUUAAACCAGCUGGCAGACAAUUUACUUAGCACUGUUCAAUCCACACAACUGUCUGCACAGCUGAUGGACGAGAAUUGUCAACUGUUAGCUGAGACAGAAAAUCAACAUAUAGAGCUUUCACACAUUGAACCUACUGAUCAGUUCGCCUCCAGAGAACAAGUUUAUGUUGAAAUACUAUCAGAGGAGUGUAACACUGAGACAGAGAAGCUACCAGCAGCAUGGCCAAGUAGCAACCAGCAGGCUCACCUUGACCUGUCAGUACUUGCAGAUACACCUAGUUUAACUCAACUCGACAAAGUCUUUACAUUAUGUUCACUACCUAAAGAAGACAGUCUACUGCAAGUUAAUAUGAUACCUUUGCCGGAUGCAAAUGAAAUGAUUACAACCGUGGUAGUCAGCCAAGGUCAUGGGCAGACAAAAAUCCAGCUGCAAGAAGAAAGCCAACCCUCCUGUCCUGUUGUAGACACAGGGCAGCAGCCAGAAGCUUCUGACACAUACUGUCUUGAUUCUGAGGAGAAUCCCAGACCAGCAGUCUGUAGAGACCCCCAAAAUCAGUCUUUCUGUCACAAAGAGAGUGGGAUACAAGAGCAUGAGAAUGAUCCUCAGCUUGAUGGCCAGGUUAAAAAACCACACAAAGAGGAGAGUCCCACUGUUCCAUUUCUUUGCGGGUCAACACUUCCUGUUACCCCCUGUGACUUGACUCCAAUAGCUGAUCCCAGUCCAAAAGAACCGACUGCCCCUGUGAAUGUGGAAACAGGCGAAUACCAGUUAUGCCCAGCCGACAUGAAGCUUGUUCCUGCCAUCCCUCUCGAAGCUUGCACUGCCACAUUACAGGACAAAGGUCAGGAGUCUGUUGCUAUGGAUAAUGAGGAGGGUGUGUUUGAAGGGCUGGAUAAAGACUCAGGCACUCUGGAUACAGUGGAUGGAUGGAAGGAGAUGCAAAAGAAGAUAAAAAGUGAAGGGGGAGCAAGGAAAGAAAGAGACACAGUGGAGGACACAUUCCAGACAGAAGCAGCAGCAGCAAACGAAGAGUGUCAACAGACCUGGAGAGACAGCACACACACUCUGCCGAUCCAGAGGGAGACAGAUGUUUUCUACCCUGCACAGCCCUGCCCUGAACCUAACACAUUAGCAACAUGUACAGAUGUCCAUCCAGACAGAGAGGAGUGUGCGCCCAUUUGUUUGUUGCACAGACACAAAGACAGUCCAAAAGACAAUGCUGAACUGAAUGACAGUGUCUUUAAAAAGCCUGAAGACCCCCCCCCCUGUGUUGGACACAGGGUUUGUGUCUCCUGGUCUUCCACAGAUGAUGCACUGAUACAGGGAGCCCUCAGUCCCAAUGAGGGCACUAUGUCAAUGGGCACACCUGAUGCUGUGAUCUCUCUGAGCACCAGACUGUCCUGGAAGUCAGAAACGGAAGAGCGAGGUAAAGGAGGUGGAGAGACAGAAGAAGGAGGAGGAGGAGAAGAAGAUGAGAAAAAAGACCAUCUUCCAGAAAAUCCCCUCUCAUCUGCCAUCAUGCGAGCCUCUAUCCAUUCCUUGUCUCCGUUCCGUCGUCACAGCUGGGAGCCGGGCAGGAACAAAGCCACUGCAGAAAGUGACAUCACACAGCACAGGCUAUCCCUCCCUUUUCUUUCCACUAACAGGUCAUCUGUCUCUUCCUUCAGCUCAUUGAAGAGCCUGUCAGGAGAGGCAAAGAGAGCCAAGUCCCCCCUCCACAGGAGAAGUAUGAGUUGGUGUCCAUCCAACCUGUGUCAUCCUGAUCAGGAGCAAAUAGACAACAGAAGCUACAGUCUGGAGGGUCUGGAGGUGGAAAGUGAAGCAGUCCAGGCUCAGUGUCCCAGCCUCAGUGAUCAGAAGGACAGGACUGCAGGGAGAAGUUGUCUGGAGAGCCAGGAGAAAGGCUCACGGAUCUCCCUCACUGAGGAGGAGCAGGAAGGAGAUGGAAGCAGCAUCGAUAGCCAGACAUCACAUCAGCUACUGUCAGCGACAAACAGCUGUCCUACCAUGUUCAAUCACAAAACCCUCACUAAAUCCAUCUCCAUGGUUACCAUCAGUCACCGCGGUAUAGAUGGGGUGAGCUCAUUCUCCAGUAACUCCGGGUCACUGGAAUACAGUAUUUCAGAGGAGGAGCCAGGCCCUCUGCGGACUGACACUGAGGGAAAAGGAGGACCUAAAAUCAGUCGGACGUUUAGCUACCUCCGCAGCAAGAUGAGCAAGAAAGGAAAGGAGAAAGAGAAGGAGAGGAGGGGAGAGAGGGAGCGAGAGAGUAAAGAGAGAGAAAAGAAGAGUUCCAACGGUCAUCUCUUUAUCCCAGUCAGUCCGUCUCCUUCCGCAGCCUGUCAGCACUGCACCAAACCUCUGCAUAAUAAGGAAACUUUCCUCUGCAACAACUGUGGAGUCCAUGUCCAUAAGAGCUGCAGAGAGAGUCUGUCUGGCUGUACAAAGAGCAAAACAAAGUCACUGGUGCCAGACGCUGUUCCUGGGUCAGUUGUUAACAUGAGGAGUAAAUCUACAUCUUCAGCAUCAUCUGUUUCAUCCACAUCCUCCUCAUCAUCACGGGAACGCUGGUCUACAGUAACCACCCCUGAUGACCAGCUGCCUGUGGUUUUUCCACGGAGACACCCUAGCAUCUUCAAUCCACACAGCAACCUGGCCAAGAGCAUUUCCACCAGCAACAUAGCAGGGUUAGACGAUGUUCCACUGAGAGGCUUAAAGUUUCUGUCCCAGUCCACCGACUCUCUCCAUCAAGGGACCAAAGUUAAUGCUUCGACUGAGUCACUCACUGAUGAAGGUACUGAGAUGAUGGACAGUCAGCUGAUGGGAGAGUUUGAGUUUGAUGUUAAAGAUCUGGAAGCUGAUUCUUGGAGCGGCACGGUGGAUAAGAAGUUCUUGAAAGCAUUGAAGAAAGAUGAAAUCAAGAGACAAGACGUCAUCUAUGAGUUGUACCAGACAGAGUUCCACCAUGUGAGGACACUGAAGAUCAUGUCUGAAGUAUACUAUAAAGGCCUACAGAAGGAGCUGCAGCUUGACACUCACACUCUGGACAAGAUUUUCCCUGUUUUGGACAAUCUGUUGGACAUGCACACACAUUUCCUCACCCUACUCCUGGAAAGAAAAAGAGCUUCAUCAUCUGAGGGACAGAACAAUAACAGCUUCCUCAUCUGUAGCAUCGGGGAUGUCCUUGUCAACCAGUUUUCAGGCUCCAGUGCUGAUAGUAUGAACAAAGUUUAUGGGAAGUUCUGCAGUCGACACAAUGAAGCUGUCAAUCUCUACAAAGACCUGUAUGCCAAAGAUAAACGCUUCCAGGCUUUCAUCAAGAAGACAAUGAGCAGCAGCAUUGUGCGGAGGCUCAGUAUUCCAGAGUGCAUUUUGUUGGUUACUCAAAGGAUCACCAAGUAUCCUGUUCUGAUCCAGAGGAUACUCCAGCAUACUAAAGACUCAGAUGAAGACCACAGCUGUGUUUGUGAAGCACUUCGCUGUGUCAAGGAGCUGAUCACAGCUGUGGACAGUAAAGUCAAUGAGCAGGAGAAGAAACAGAGACUGAGGGAGGUCUACAGUCGCACUGAUAGCAAGUCCAUCAUGAGGAUGAAGAGUGGUCAGAUGUUUGCUAAAGAAGACCUGAUCAGAGGGAGGAAGCUAUUGCAUGAUGGAGCGCUGCAGCUGAAAAACACGGCUGGACGACUCAAAGAUGUCCAUGCCAUGCUCCUGUCUGACGUACUGGUCUUUCUUCAGGAAAAAGACCAGAAAUAUGUGUUUGCCUCACUGGACCAGCGCUCUACAGUUAUCUCUUUACAGAAUCUGAUUGUCAGAGAAGUGGCUAAUGAGGAGCGAGGUCUCUUUCUGAUCACAGCUGGUACAGACAGACCAGAGAUGGUGGAGGUGUUGGCCAGCAGUAAGGAGGAGCGCAACACAUGGAGGGCCAUUAUACAGGACGCCAUGCACUGCAUUGAGAAAGAAGAGGAUGAGGGAGUUCCUAGUGAAACAGAAGAAGACAGGAGACAGCAGGACAACAGAGCAAAGGAGAUCCGAGAGCUUCUACGAAGGAAAGAUGAACAAAUCAUCUCUUUAUUGGAGGAGAAGGUCCACAUCUUCAGAGACCUGAGUGACUAUAAUCCCACACUCAAUGAUAUAAACCCACCAGUCAGGGAGCGGAUGUUGUUCAGGGCCACACCUGAUGAUGUCACAAAGGGGGAGCCAAUCAUAAAGGAUGCCCUGAGGGAAAUGGAGACCUUGCAUGCUUUGGUAAGCAGUUGUGUUGGUGGAGCAGGUUGCAGUGUUCCAGUUGGCCUGGCAGGGGGCAGUGUGGGACCAGUCUCUCUGCCCAGGAGAGCUGAGACUUUUGGAGGCUUUGACAGUCAUCAGAUGAACAGCAGCAAGAAUGGAGAGAAGGAAGAGGGAGAUGAAUCACUGGACCUCCGAAGGACUGAGUCAGACAGUGUGUUGAAGAAGGGAGCCACUUCCAGCCUUCAGAUGCUGCUGAAAAGAAACAGUGAGCAGGUCCAAAACAGUGUGACAAAUCUUCACGACCUGCUGAUUUCACUGCAGGCUGUGGUGGUCCAGCAGGACUCGUUCAUCGAGGACCAGCGGCAGGCCCUGAGCGACCGGCUCACCGCAAACUCUUCCAGACAUUCGUCCUCUACCUCACUUUCUUCCUCUUCUUCCUCCCGCCCCUCCUCCCUCAUCGAGCAGGAGAAACACAGGAGUCUGGAGAGACAGCGACAGGAGGCAGCCAGCCUGCAGAAACAGCAGGCUGCACACCAGGAAGAAAAGAGAAGGAGAGAGAAGGUAUGGGAGUUGAAAGAGAAAGGACUGGCAGAGCGGGAGGAGAGGCUAAGGGUUGAGGAGGAGGAGACCAGGAGGAGAGGUCAGGAGCUGAUGGAGGAGAGAGAGACCCUGCAGAGGAAGAAAGAGGAGUACCAGAGAGACCUGGAAAGGCUGAGGGAGGCUCAGAGGAGGCUGGAGAGAGACAAGGAGGCUCUGAGGAGAGACACAGAGAGACUGGAGGCUAUGAAGAGAGAUGAGUCGGUGCAGCUUCAGAGGUACCAGCGGACUCCCUCCACCACCUCUGAAGAAUCCAUAAGAUUCCACAGCUCUGGGUCUUUGGAUCUGGAUUCAAAAGAAGCAGCAGAACAGCCAAAAGAGGUGGAGCUCUCAUCCUCUGCCCCAACCAAAGAACCUUUCCUCCGCAUUGGAUCCAAGAGGAUGGGCAAAAACUUUAACCCCUUCUCCUCCUCGUCCUCCUCUAAGCCUCAGGGAGCAGAGAAGGAGUCCCAGCUACCCACCAGACUACUUCAGCUGGCUAAAUCCAAAGAGAAGAAAGACAAAAAGAAGAAGACCGGAAAGGGGGGGGAGCAGACACAGAAAGAUAGUACAGUGAUGUUGGAUCAUCAGAAUGAUGGAGACAUCUUCUUCUGCUGAGGACCUGCACUUGAAAUUCUAACCAGACAACUGGACAGUGCAGCAAACAGGACCCACAUUGUUCAUUAACUCUAUAUUUGGGAAUAAAAUGUGUCUUUGCUGACAGUCUGGCCUCUGGACACUGUCUCUGCCUUCUUGUCAGACCAUCAUAGAGAGAAUCCAGCUGGGUUCACAGGCUGACAGUCUGACUUUACCUGCUUGUGUCCCAGGUAAACAAAGGUAAAGACCUCUCAGAGACACCAGAUGAAGUUAUGUGGAGUGGAUGAUUCAGUCAGGAGGACUUUAUUGACAAAUGUGCUAAGAAUGUUCUCUAAAACCUUUCAUCAUUUAGAGAUGUGAUUGAAAGCCAAGGAGGAUCAAACAAGCAGUGUGAGGAACACAAGAGGAAAGCAGAUUCUUGAUUUCUUCCAUCUCUCAAUCAGAGAUCAUGUGUUAGACAUGGUCUUUAAAGUCUUUAGAUUGUAAACUGUAACAAACCUAAGCUUCUACAUCGAACAAUAGCGAGUGCCAUUUUUGCGAAUGCUAACUUUGAAUGCUGUUGACUCCUCAGUUUUUUUAUUGCCUUUUUUAAAUUGAUAGUGACAGCUGAAGGUAGACAGGAAAGGGGGCAGAGAGAGAGGGGAUGACACGCAGCAAAGGGCCGCAGGUCGGAUUUGAACCCUGGGCUACUGCAGCAAUUUGGUACAUGGUCGCCAGCUCUACCAGGUGAGCUAACCGGGCACCAACUCAAUGAACUGUUAAUCUAAUGUGUGAUUUCUGUGUCCCUACAAUUUAAAUCUGUUUUUUAUCAGUCAAGCUGACAAAUAAGACAUAAGAGAGUAACAGAUGCCACAUGACAUAGUGUUUGUAACAGUUAGAAACCCUUUAGGCUACUAUUUCUUACUGUCAACAUUUUCUGCUGAGGUCAGUGUGCACAACAAGGCUACAGACUUCCACACAAAAUCUAUCAAUGACACAUCAGCUAGCAGAGAAAAUGGUUGAAUCUAUAGAAACAGGCAUGUUUCAUUGUCAAUGGUCAGGACACAAGACGAUAGUGAGAAUGCUCAGCAAAGACUCAGUGGCCCUGUCCCCAAGUGCAUGUUCAAAUCAGAUGUUUUCAAUCCUAAUGUUGUCAGUAUGGACAAUAGAACUCAGUAUGAGCUAAAAUCUUUAAUUGUCAUUUAAUGUGACAGUCAUGGCAGUGUAAUUGUCACUGAAGCACAACAAGAUCAGGAAUACAAAAACUUCAACAACUUUAAAAAUGCACUUUACAUGAGAGAGUGAUGUUGUAUUUUACUGGUCUGUCAUUUCCUAAUAAUUUAAACAAAUUAAUUUAAUUCAAUUAAUAAUAAAUUUUCAGUGACUUGGUACUAAUUACAGGGAGAAUCCUUGAAAUAUAAGUAAUUCUAAUCAAAUUAAAAUUAAUUGAUUAAUUAAUUAGUGCAAAAGUGUACCAGUUGAAACUGUAUCUGUUCACUAUAAUUCAUAUCAAAUGACAGUUCCUUGUAGGAAAACUAGUAAAUGACAAGAAAAUGAUGUGGAAGUGACAGAACCGUAGAAUAAAGCAUUACCCAUGACAGCAGCAGUAGUUAUGUUGUUGUGGGACUGGGUCAGAAUUCAAUAUUAUUGAAUAUAGACUUUACUAGAUUUAUAUUGAGAUGAUAUUGAGGUGUUAUUGUUUUUACUAACUUCUGAUCAGAACUAAUGAUUCCAAGCACAUAUAAAUGAAACCUUCCAUUUAUGAGCAGUCAAUAAAAUUUUUUGAAAUGAAUCUGAAUCAGAAACAAAUUACCAAAUUUAAAGAGAAAUGUAAGCUGUUACAAACCCUAUUAAUUUAUUACUUUUUUUGUAUGUAUUUAAUGUGUUGAAUCAGGAUGUUUUUAAUGCUUGACCUCUGUUAUUUUUACAAAAUAAAAAAAUAUAUAUUUUGAAAUUCCUACAGAUAAAUGGUGGAUCACAUAUAGUGUAAUGCUAUUUGUAAAUGAAACACCUUAAGCUGUCUAAAAGAUUAACUAAUUAAGCACACAGUACAAAUCUGUUCACCUUCUUGAAAAAGAAACCUUUUUAUUUUUCAACACUACAUUUCAAGCAAAAGGUACAAAGGUUUGGGGUUGUGAUGUUUUCUUAGUGUAAAACACAGCAGUAGUGCCACCUGUUAGCAGCUAGUGCCAUGCUGUGAAGAGGGAAAUUAGUUUAAAUACCAAUUUAAAGUUUUUCCUGGGGAUGGACCAGGAGAGGGGGGCAGAGAGAGGGGAUGACACGCAGCAACGGGCUGCAGGUCGGAUUCAAACACUAGGCCGCUGCAGCAAAGACUCAGCCUCGGCACAUGGGACGCCAGCUCCACCAACUGGUUUUAAAGAGUUCGGUCUAGACCUACUCUAUUUGAAAAGUGUUCUGAGAUAACUUCUGUUAUGAAUUGGCGCUAUGCAAAUAAAAUUGAAUUGAAUUGAACUGAGCUAACUGGGCACCCAGUAUAAAUACCAAUUUACAUUUAUCAUCUGCCCCCCCUUGAUCGAGACAAUCCCCCAAAAUGAUGUCCUUCAGUGGGUUUGACUAAAAAGACAUUUCACUGCAGUUUUAUUUAGUGGAAAUAAAAUGCAGGGACAUUCUCAAUUGUUUUACCCUUGUACAGUUAAAUACACAAUCUGAAGCUGUUGGAUCCCUAAAACAUAACAAGCUCAAUCACAAACACAAUGUUUGAACAUAUAGUUUAUUGUUUUGAGGAGGAAAUGAAACCUGAAAUCUUAAGUUUUGCUGAGAACUGAGCAUGCUUGGAGGCCUGGCUGUCAUCUCCUCCACAUUGUUCCCAUUCAAUCCGCACUGUUAACUAACACCAUUAAGACAUUUUACAAACUCACAUCCAACCUUAAAGUUUUUGCACUGUGAGCUUUCUGACAUGUUUGUACUGAAGACAGAAGGUAAAAAGUUGAUUUUUUUUCCUCUCAUUUUAUGUACAAAGGGCAAAGCAACAAAUUUUGUAAAUAUAUUUUAUGUACACAUUUGAACUUUAGUAUUGAUUGAUUGUGGAUUUUGUUUAGUUGGUAAAUUUUAAAAAAAUAAAUAAAGCUUUAUUUAUCGGUCUUGUUCCUAUUUUGAAAUUGUACAGUAAUUUUUCUCUCUUCAAUAAAAAAAGCUGUUUGUCAUGUG